AUGGCAGAGCAGCAGCAGGCGGCCCAGGCGGCUGCGACGGUUCCGAGACCAUCACAAACAACUACACAAACGCGAGAGCCCGAACAAAGACAGACAGAAGCGGCGCCGAGGAUCCUAAGACUACGCGGCCGGCAUGCUUCCAACGGCCGAUCAGUGCAAUGGGCUGAAGAUGUCGUAGACAACGAAGGACUUGGUAGAAAGAGUUCGAAAGUAUGCUGUAUUUACCACCGCCCCAAGGCUGCAGACGAAUCCAGCGACGAGUCCUCGUCUUCUUCCGAUUCUGAUACAGAUUCCGACUCCGAGCCGGACGAGGACCGACGGCCAAAGAGAAGACCAAAUCAUGAUCAUGGAAAGGAUGGCCAUGACUGCGAUCACAGACAUCACGACGAAGAGCGUGAUCGCAGAAGGAAGCGCCGCGAGGACAAGGAGAAACGCCCUCCGAGCCCAAAUGCAUACGAGCGAGUGCCCAAACCUAAACCCAAAGGCGAGGCGAUGCCAAACAAGGGAACUUCUUAA